AUGACUCGAGUUCCAUUCGGCGCCUCUUCCAGUCCAUUUUUACUCGCCGCCACACUACGUCAUCAUCUCGCAGGCGCGGCUGACCGAUACCCGGAUACCACCGAACGCUUAAAACAUGGCUUUUAUGUCGACGACCUCAUUGUCGGAGCAACCUCCGACGACGACGCCUUCCGACUCUAUCAGGACGCCGUUUCAAUCUUGGCCGAAGCUGGCAUGGAGCUCCGCAAAUGGGCGUCUAACUCCCCAACCAUGAAUAGUCAGUUUCUACACGACGGCCUUGCCUAUGUCGACUCAGCCUAUGAUCAAGGUGCUAGGACUCCUCUGGCAUCGACCCACCGACGAAAUCACCUUCGACGUCGGUUCGGUCGUCGUGUACAUCGCAGAUCACCCUGUCACCAAGAGGACCAUUCUCCACGCACUAGCCCGCAUCUUCGACCCCCUGGGAGUCUCGGUUACGGUUGGGAUGCCCCGCUUGCUCCCCAGCAACGCUCCGGUUGGACCGAAUGGUGUUCGCAGUUACCAACCCUCAACACCAUACGCUUGGCUCGCCACCUGACAACGGUAUGUGACCUCGCGAAUUCGUCUGGCGAGCUUCACGUUUUCGCUGACGCCAGUCCGCGCGCCUACGGCGCGGCUCUAUACCUUCGAACGAUCGCCUCCCAAGGCCAGUGGAACUGCAGUCUUCUCAUCAGCAAAGGCCGGGUGGCUCCGCUCAAGACCAUCUCCCUUCCACGCCUUGAACUCAUCGGAUGCCUCACCGCCGCAAGGCUCGCUGCUCACAUCCGGCAACUUCCGUUGCUCACAUCUCUACCCUCUUAUUUUUGGACGGAUUCUACAAUAGCAUUACACUGGAUCACAGCCGACCUAUCGUCCAAACCUGCCUUUGUUCAGCACCGCGUCACCGAAAUCAAACGCCUCUCUGCCGGUCACACGUGGCGUCAUUGCCCCGGACAAGAGAACCCCGCUGAUCUUGUCACUCGCGGUGUGUCUGCUCAGCGACUCGCCGCCGAACCCCUAUGGUGGCACGGCCCACACUGGCUCACCAUGCAGGCAGACUCCUGGCCUUCUCGGCCCUCUUCAAGCUUCACUCCAGUCCCCCAAGAGGAAGAACGCGUCACGCAGACCACUGUCUGCCCCGCUCCCGCGCUCAGGUUACCGGCUAUUUUCGAUUUAGACCGCUACGGCAAUCCAAGCACGGUUCUCCGGAUUACCGCUUGGGUACGCCGCUUCGUCGCUAACGCUCGUCACACGGCGUCGCCCGUACGCGGUCCCCUAACCGCACGCGAGCUUGAUCAGGCAGAAAUCUACUGGCUUCGGCGCUUCAGCGCUUCAGCGCGGCGAGCAGCUCGCUUGAUCAUCAGCCAUCAGACUCUUCCGACCUAUACUGGACGGUGA